GAAAACGCACUCUGCGAUACGCAUGCGCGAGGAGAUCCCUGUGAGCAACACUACUGUUCAUAACUCGCGAUGUAGCGAGCAACUCUGGCACUUGAGCAAAAAUGUUACGUUCCGUUGCGCUUGCUCGCAACGUCCCCCAGGGAUUACUAUCCCUGGUGUGCAACAAUGUGGCAGCUACAGGAUAUGCUGCUGCUGCUGUCAAAACUCAGGUGAAACACAUGGCCACGGAGUCAUCUGUGCAGGAGUCGAAGACUCCAUUGCCACAGAAAGCCAAGGUUGAACCCUACAGCCCUUUCCAGAAUACCAAUAAUCUGGCGGAAUAUGCUGUAGCUAGAUUGGAUGAUUUGUUGAAUUGGGGACGCAAAGGAUCACUGUGGCCGAUGACUUUUGGUUUAGCCUGCUGCGCUGUGGAAAUGAUGCACAUUGCAGCACCCAGAUAUGAUAUGGACAGAUUUGGCGUUGUGUUUCGUGCCUCUCCUCGUCAGUCAGAUUGUAUCAUAGUUGCUGGAACAUUGACAAACAAAAUGGCACCUGCUUUAAGGAAGAUCUACGAUCAGAUGCCUGAACCACGAUGGGUCAUCUCAAUGGGAAGCUGCGCGAAUGGAGGUGGAUAUUAUCACUAUAGCUACUCCGUAGUCAGAGGCUGUGACAGAAUUAUACCUGUGGACAUUUACGUACCUGGUUGUCCCCCAACGGCUGAAGCAUUGUUGUAUGGUGUUCUUCAAUUACAGAAGAAGAUCAAACGAAUGCAACAUGCGCAGGUGUGGUACAGAAAUUAAUAUGUAGUAUCUAACAUAUCUAGCAAAUUAUGUAUAGAUCAUUUAAGAAUUAUAAGCUAAUUGAGAUAAUUAAGUGAUAGAGACAUUAUAUAGAACAUCUGAGAAUGUGGUUGAAAACCAACAAAAUAAAUCACAUUUGAAAGAAUAAA